AUGUCGCAAGGUGGCUCCCUGAUUCACGUGAUUGCUUUGCAAGAGACCAAGUGGAGAAGGAGCUACGCACGACAGAUGAAUGACGGUACACUCUUCAUUCAUGGAGAGAAGAUUCCGUCGCGAAAUGUAGGCGGUGUUGGUGCUGUUGUGCACCCAUCUGUCGAUCUUGUUGAUUCUCUCGUGAUCCUGUCACCUCGUCUGUCCAUUCUUUGCCUCUGCUUUCUGCGCCAAAAACCCAUCAGUCUCAUCAACUGCUAUUCACCAACAUCAGCAGCUGAUGAUUCCGAAUUGGACGCGUUUUACGAGGAGCUGGAGGAAGUAGUCUGCAACGAGGCCACAGAAGAGGAAUACAGGAUUGGAAGAUUUGGACUAGAGAACCGGAAUGCAAAUGGCAAUCGUCUCGCCGGGCUGUUGUCCGCCGCUCGUCUCUUUCAUGGAAGCUCUCUUUUCAUGAAGAAAGAUCAUCGUCGAUGGACAUGGGAAUCGCCCAAUGGCGCCACUUGUGCGGAGAUUGACCACAUACUCACCAACAGGAGGUGGGGUCUACUUGACAUCUCUUUAGUACCAUCCUUUUGCAGUGGUUCUGAUCACCGUCUCCUUCUUGCGAAAAUACGACUUAGCCACACGAUGGAAAAGAACAUCUGCUAUCGGCCACGAAGGAGAAAAGAAGUCGUCUACGACGAUUGCGUACUCGAACAUUCCUUAUCCCAAGGUGACUGGCACAUCGAGGAGGACCCAAACGUGGACUACGAAAUGCUGCUCUGA